ACGGAGGCGCGCGUCUCUAUGGUUUCUGCGUGGGGCAGAGCGCCCGCCCUGGGGCCUUGGCUGUGUUGGCGCCGCCGGGAGGCUGGCGGACUAUGAGUGUCCGUCCCUCAUUACCUCACGGCCGGGAGGAGGAGGAGGAGGAGGAGGCUGCCGGGAUAGCGGCGGACCUGCCCGCGGCCUCGCUCCGGUCCUCCGGCCGCCCCGGGAAGCCCCGGCCGCGGCGGGCCCUGCCCGCUCCCCCGCCCGCCGGGCCCGCUUCUCCGGGGAGCCUCGCCCAGGCCCAUGGCCCCAUGAGGCGGCAGAAGGCUGCGGGGCAGCAGCGGCGGCGGCGGGGCUGAGGCGGAGGAGAAGCCGGGACGGGUGCAGGAGGGUUCUGCAGUGCUCCAGGCAGCGAGUUUUGAAGCAGGAUGGGAAAAAGACGCUGUGUUCCUCCACUUGAGCCCAAGCUGGCAGCUGGCUGUUGUGGGGUGAAGAAGCCCAAAUUGUCUGGGAGUGGAACGCACAGUCAUGGGAAUCAGACCACAACUGCACCAAGCUCCAGUUCAGGUCCUCUUCAGAACCACCAGCAUACAGAUGGGAAUAAUGGAAGGGAGAACGUAUCUGACUUGACUUUGGGCCCAGGAAAUUCCCCAAUUACUCGAAUGAAUCCCACUUCAGGAGCUCUGAGCCCACUCACUCGGCCCAAUGGAACUGCCAACAGCACCAAGAACCUGGUGGUGACAGCAGAGAUGUGCUGCUACUGCUUUGAUGUACUCUACUGUCAUCUCUACGGGUUCCCUCAGCCACGGCUUCCUCGAUUUACCAAUGACCCCUAUCCACUCUUUGUGACGUGGAAGACGGGGCGAGACAAGCGGCUUCGUGGCUGCAUCGGGACCUUUUCAGCCAUGAAUCUUCACUCAGGACUCAGGGAAUACACAUUAACCAGUGCACUUAAGGACAGCCGAUUUCCCCCCCUGACCCGCGAGGAGCUGCCCAAACUCUUCUGCUCUGUCUCCCUCCUCACUAACUUUGAGGAUGCCAGUGACUACCUGGACUGGGAGGUUGGAAUCCAUGGGAUCAGAAUAGAGUUCAUCAAUGAGAAAGGUGUCAAACGCACAGCCACGUAUUUACCUGAGGUUGCUAAGGAACAAGACUGGGAUCAGAUCCAGACCAUAGACUCCUUACUCAGGAAAGGUGGCUUUAAGGCUCCCAUUACCAAUGAUUUUAGGAAAACAAUUAAACUUACCAGGUACCGCAGUGAGAAGGUGACAAUCAGUUAUGCAGAGUACAUGGCCUCCCGCCAGCAUUGUUUCCAGAAUGGCACCCUUCAUGCCCCCCCCCUCUACAAUCAUUACUCCUGACACACGGCUGCAUGACCAGUCCCACUCCCCAGUUGCUGCCAACGGCUAUGACAUCAUCGGGGCAGACGCCUCCUCUUCCUGGUCCAGUUACUUCUAUUACUGCACCAUUUUAUGAUGCUAGCUUCCGUUGCCAAGUCUGCCUUCCCACUGACCUGGGGGGAGGGUGAGAGCGUGACAGGACUUCAGGGGCCCAAGCCUUAUCUCAGCCUUCCCUCCCAGCGGGGGUUCAGUUGGAUUGGGGCUCCAUGCCUACGAACUGUCGUGAGGUGCAGAAGACCUUUAGGAGUGAUAGUGCUGCUUCGGACUGAUCUGUUCCUGGGUGUUACUGACACUCUGGAAACUUGAGUUGUUUAUUAUGGAAGCCCCCCAGAUCAAGUAGGAGCAUUCCCCUGGCAGCCUGGGCAACGGAGUCCAACAAAACAUUUUUUAGGUUCUUUAUAAUUUUUUUUAACCUCUGGUAUCUGUUGUGUACUGAGAGCUGAUUGCAGUCCCCACGCAUCACAGGCGGACAUCAUGAUAUUGGGGAGGGUUGAACACCUGGAUAGCACCCCAUCCUCAUGGACAGAAAACAUGUGAAAAAUUAAUCCAUUAUUUAAAUAAACCCUUGAAGGCUUUAAGGCUCGGAUCCUUGGUAGGUUGGAUUCUUGGUGAUGAAGGCUGCUAUGAAUUACAAUGCUGUUUUUGCCUGUAAGAGAGCAACGUGGCACGUGCUGUGUACACAGAGGAAAGGAUCCUCGAGUGUCCCUGAACAGUCUUUGUUUCGACCAAAUUUUGCUUCCAAAUAUUUGUAAGAGAUAGGAUUAGGGCUGGGGAGGGGUUUGCAGAGCAUUGACUGUAGUUGUACAAGUGUGACCAGUGACUGAAAUUUGUUUUAAUUUAAGCUAACAGUCUUGGGGACCUUCCUUUUGAUAGAACAGCCACUUUCGCCAGUAUGACUACUGAUCUUAGGGGCUGUGGGUGUUCCAGUUUAUUCCAGGCCUAUGGAAUGGUGCUGGUCAGUUUUGCUGGUAAGGUUUAUCUUACUCAGCUUAGUCAUUGAUUGCCACAUCCAGGCAGUGAGUGGGGAAAUCUGUAUUACCCAAAUGGCAUGAAACUUGUGUGCAUUCUGUAGUUCUUCUCCCAUGGUGGUUGAUGAUCACAAGGAAUACUCUUUUCUGAAAGGAAGUUAUCAGUUGUAUUCUGCAGCAUCAUUGAGGGAUGUCAUUAAAUUAUGGCACUCUUUCAAUGAGAUAACUGGACUUCAGAGUACAAUUUGGGGUGGGGUUGGUUGGUUGGUUGGUUUUCCAAGCUUCUGGAGGGUCAGUAAUGACUGGGGAAGAGAACACAAGUGCAGAGCAGAGUCAUGGCUGUUUGGUUGCACUCAUCUUCUGAGCCGGCUCGUGUGUUGUAAUUGGCUGGUGUUUGAAGCCUGAAAUGAUGCUGUGGUGUGGUAGGGAAUAGGGCUGGUAGGAAGCUGAGAACUGCAGGGUGCUGCUCCUGGUCCUAAGGAAGCAAGGCACAACUGGUGCAAUUUUGCUUCAUGUUGGUGUAAGUUCUGCUGGAGGAGAGAGAUGUGAGGGGGAUUCCUCUGGAUAAUGGUGCAAUAUUGACCCAGCUUUCCUUCUGCAUUGGGUCAUUCCUACAAAUUGCCACUUUUCCCUUGUGAUGUUGUUGGAAAGAAUUGAAGAUGAAAGGAUUGUUUUGUGACUUCCUGCUGCUGAGAAUAAAUGAGUCUCGUUACAAACCACUCCAGUUUGUAGUUUCUCCCCCAGGUGCCAUGUAGUGAUGGGGGAGGGUGGGGUCAGCUCCAGGCAUACCACUCACCUUUCAGCUGUCAAACAGUAUGAUACAUAGGGCUACACUCAUUACUGUUCAAGUGUUCUAUGUUAGAAUUUCAUUUCUAAAAGGUUUAAAAAAAGGCAAAAAAUGGUGCUAAAACUAUUCACCCCUGAGCACGCUCGGUGAGACUGGUCAUGCAGGCAUACAGUGCCAGGCUUUUCAACUAUACUGUUUCUUUUUCAGGUGUUUGCCCUGUUCUGUGUCUUCAACAGUGUAUAGUGUUUUCCUGAUUUCAGUUUCUUUGACUAGGGGAUGACUAAAGGGUGGGGUGGGGAGGGUUAGUUGUCAUUUUUUUAAAGAACAGAAUUUUAGGAUUGAGUAACUUGGUUGGUUUAAGCCUGAAGUGGGACAGGUGGUUUGGGACUGGGGAAGUCUUGUCCUCUCCCACUUCUAUUUCCCCACUCAGUCUGUUUAAAAAAACACAAACAAAACAUAAAUGCCUCUAAAUAUGUACUGUGUUCUUGUCUUGUUGCAGUGAGAAGAGAAGCUGGCAGAUCAGGACCACUGGUCUGCUGCCUAAGGAACAGGCCCUCUCAGCUUUAGUCCCAUAAGGGUCCAGCUAUAAAAUCAGUCGAAAACUGUGUCAAUAGCUAAGUCAGCUCAGAGAAAUGUAUGACAAGGACAGGUGGUCUCAGGAAAUAAUCCCGUUUCUAGAUCAUUACAUGGCAGCUAUGCAUAAGGAUGAAAGAGGUGACAUGGGCACAAACUGCAGUUUGAAUUGCCUCGGGAUGGAGACAACCAAAAUCAGUGGCCAGUUGAUGUGAGAUUUUCUCUGUGUUUGCUUGGCUGGGACAGCUGGUUAGAACUACUCCUCAAAGCAACUGUUACCUGGCUUGAUCUGGAAUAACUCAUCCUUAGAAGCAAGUGCCUUUUGGUCUAGAAGGGCUUAUUCUCAUGACAACCACAACUGAUAAAUAAUCUCACUGCAAUGAUGAAAUGUCUUUGUUUUACGGUAACUACAGGAGAAUGUCUUUGAUCACUGGAGUCUGUCAGUGUUGAAAUGUUUCCACUGUGAGGUUCUUAAUUUUUUUUUUCAUGUUGUUCAACAGUCAAUCUCAACUGAAGCCAUUUCGGUUUGGGAAUGUUACAUGGUCAAAAUAUCACAUAUCUACAGUUUAUCAGAACAAAAAAAAAAAUCUGUAAGGAAAUCUAAGAGUUCAUUUUAACCUUUGCACAGAAUAAUUUGUUUUCAUAGUACAUUAACAAACCUCUGCAGUCUUCACUGACUAUUAGUGCUGUUUUCUGUUUGUAUUCAGAAACUACAUGUUGUUUUGUUGGGGUUUUUUUUGGUUAAUUUAUUUCCUUAAAGCAGGAGACCUCUUUUGACCUACAGUGCAGAGACGUCAGACCAAUUCUUUAUAUUACACUUGGUUGCCUCCUACCUAUAUAAUAAUUUCUGAGUGUAAAUAAUUGAACUCUAUCCUCUAAUGAAGUAUUGUAGAGAAUAAAUCAUAAUGGAUAAAGAUUA